AUGCAAAACUCAGACCAGCCUUUCGAGAUGAAUACUCGUCCGGACGAGAGCCCGGCUUCUGGCAGAGAUGGUCUGCAGGCAGACUCCCAGACUGGCUAUGAACGCGGCCGACAAGGCCAGCAGACAUCUGCCCCCCCAAUGACACCCAAUCGACUUGGUCUUUCCACCUACUGGGAACAGCCGUAUGUUGCGGCUCCUACCAGCUCUGGAAGUCCCGAAUCACCUAUCGACGCGUCCGCGUUACAGUUCGCUCUUCCGCCCGACAUCAAUCAGCCGCCGCCGCCGCCGCCGCCGCCGCCGAUUCCACGACUGUCGUCACCCUCUCUCGACUCGCUAGAUCACCCUUUGCCGUACUAUGACGAAUCUGCGAAUAACGAUUUCUACGAGGAUAGAGUGCCCCUCACAUCUAGAAUGCAGCCCAUCUCUGGAUCUCUGAGCGCAAAUGCAGGAGAUUCUCAGCCAAGGGACAGCUUCCAGACAGUCUCUGAUAUUGACAAUACGCCGUCAAGAACCCGAGACGCAAGAUCGCUUGGAUACGAUUUGGAGCCUGGAGGCAUGGGUGAAGGGCGUCGAAGCUAUGGGAAUACAUUGAGUCCAGGAGGAGACCAUAGACGGUCGCGCUCUCCCUCAACGACUGGCGCACUUCACCGAGCAGGUUCAAUCAUGCGAGCCAUGUCUCAACGUGUUGUUAACAUUAGCGGCGAGGGUGAGCUUGUCGACCAGCGAACACAGCGUGGACGUUCACCCUCGCCCUCCCCAGACCGUCGACAACAACUGCACAACUCUACUCAAAUGUUUACGGAUACUUUUUACCAUUCCCGUGUCUCCCAAGUACCCGAGAAGAAAUCCGAGGCGGAAGCUGUCUUCGCAGAACCAGCUCCUCCACUUCAAGAGCGAAUACCCAUGAAGAAUCCCUUAAAGGGGAUGUCGCUAGGCAUUUUUCCGCCGGAUCAUCCCAUAAGAACCAGGCUUUGCGAUCUUUUGGUGCAACCCUUCACCGAACCUUUUAUUCUUAUACUCAUUAUUCUGCAAGCUGUUCUCUUGGCCAUAGAAUCGGCUCCUGACGUGUUUACCCACCCUCGCCCUGAUAAAUGGGGCACUACGUGGAUUGACUGGGCUAUGCUGGUGCUAUUCAUCAUAUUCACCCUUGAGUUGAUAGCCCGCAUACUGGUUUCUGGUUUCAUUCUAAAUGCGUCGGAAUACAGCACCAUUGAUCGCAAGCGCGGUGUACGAGCGGCUGUCGUUGAUCAGUACAGAAACAUCUUCCAACCUCAGCGACAGAAAUCUGUCAAGGCUCCACGGCAGAUCAACCUUGGCCCCUCUGCCUUUCAGCGGUCUUUUACUAUCAUGCAAGGCCAAACGCUGCCUCAGACCGUUGAAGAACAGCAAAGGUUUCAGCUUGCUCGAAGGGCUUUUUUGCGGCACUCUUUCAAUCGACUGGAUUUCCUAGCCGUUGUCGCCUUCUGGAUCAGUUUUGGGCUUAGUAUUACUGGGCUCGAGAGCCAAAACCACAUCUACGUUUUCCGCAUGAUUAGCUGUUUGCGUAUUUUAAGAUUACUUGCUCUUACCAACGGCACGGCUAUCAUUCUUAGAAGUCUGAAGAAGGCAGCACCGUUGCUUGUCCGUGUAGCUUUUCUCAUUGCCUUCUUUUGGAUCUUGUUUGCUAUUAUUGGCGUACAGAGUUUCAAAGCUAGUUUAAGUCGCCAAUGUGUUUGGCUUGACCCCACAGAUCCCACCAACAAGACAAAGUCUUUCACAAACGACAUGCAAUUUUGCGGAGGGUUUCUCGACAGUUCAACAGGAAACACUUUGCCUUGGGUCUUCCUGGAUGACAACGGUAUCCUGGACAACUUCAGAAAUGGCAGCAAGGCUGGCAAAGGAUUUAUCUGCCCUCGCGGAUCGAUUUGUCUUCAACAGGAAAAUCCGUUUAACGGUACCGUCAGCUUCGACAACAUUUUUCAGUCCCUUGAGAUGGUCUUCGUGAUUAUCAGCUCAAAUACAUUCACUGAUAUCAUGUACUACACCACCAAUUCCGACUACUUGCCCGCGGCUCUUUUUUUUGGCGCUGGUAUCAUGAUUCUCAUGCUAUGGCUGGUUAACUUGCUCAUCGCUGUCAUUACAUCCUCUUUCCAGGUUAUUCGAGAGGAGAGCAAGGCAAGUGCGUUCACUGCGGACGAAGAGCCACUGUUGCAAGAAUCAGUGGACGAACCGCCUCAACAGGCGUCAGCAUUUCAAAGAAUAUACGACAAAACCUUCCCUUUAUGGAUCAUCGUUAUUGCUUUCGGCCUCCUGGCGCAAUGUUUUCGCAGCGCUAGAAUGUCGGAGAAUCGUGGGCGCUUCAUCGAUGCAGUUGAGGUUGCUGUUACAAUUAUUCUGGAUGCUGAAAUUGCCAUACGUCUCGCCAUCGGUUGGCGUACCUUUCAUAGGAGCCGUCGCAACAUUGUUGAUCUGGGCCUCGCCAUCAUCACAAGCAUUAUUCUGAUACCUCCAAUCCGCAACUCAGGAGAACCCUAUGCUUGGUUGACUGUCUUCCAGAUAUUGCGAGUCUAUCGGCUUGUUUUGGCUGUACCCAUGACCCGAAAGCUCAUUGUCAUGGUUUUGGGAAACUCUAAUGGUAUCGCCAAUUUGAUGCUUUUUGUCUUCCUCAUCACGUUUCUCAUGUCCAUACUGGCUGCUCAGCUCUUCCGGGGCGAGAUACCGAAGCACAAUGAUGACGGAGACCUCAACGAAGUGUCAUUUUUUACUGUCUACAAUUCUUUUCUCGGCAUGUAUCAGAUUUUGUCGAGCGAGAACUGGACCUCAAUGCUCUACAAUGUCACCUCGUAUUUGAAUGCCUACAAUACGGGGUGGAUUGGGGCCAUGUUUCUUAUCGGAUGGUUCAUCUUAUCAUUCUUGAUUCUUGUCAAUAUGUUUAUUGCUGUUAUUCAGGAGAACUUUGAUGUAUCAGAGGAUGAGAAACGUCUCGAGCAGGUAAAGGCCUUCUUGCAGAGGAAGGAACUUGGCAAAUCAUCCAGUAACCUCACUUUGUCCAAUAUUUUUACUUUUGGCAAGGCGAGGCGGAAGAAAGACCCUCUCGACUACGGCCCGGCCAUGAUGGAAAUGCUACUCAAAGAUGCUGUUGUCCAUGAAUUCCUCGACGAUAAUGCGGAUCCGUCCCAAGAAACUCCUGGUGAACAGCAACCGCCUCCACGAACUCAGACGGCUGCCGUAGCCAAUAUGAAACCUGGCAUGCUAUCACUAAUCUGGGGGAAAAUAUUGUCGAUGUUCAGCAGCAAAGACCCGAACCCAUUUUAUUCCAACCUGCGUUUCGAUGGUCCUAACGAUACCCUUGAUCCGCGGCAAAUGGCACGGCAGGCAGUUUCUGCCACCUCUGCUCGGAGAAAAGCUCAACGAGAGUAUUUGGCUAGGCAUCCAAACUAUAACAACUCUCUGUUCAUCUUCACACCUAAAAACCCUAUUAGGCGAUUUUGCCAGAGGAUUGUAGGUCCUGGAAGGGGAAAUGAGCGUUUUGACGGAGUUGAGCCAAACAAAAUCGCGUGGUAUGCAUCUUCCGCCUUCGUCUAUGCAUGCAUCGUCGCAAUGGUAGUUAUUGCAUGCGUCACGACGCCGCUCUACCAGAAGCAGUACCAAGCGGAGCAUCCAGAGUUCAGCAUUACAUUUUGGUAUGUCUGGACAGACUUGGCGUUCGCCGUGGUCUUUUCAGUUGAGGCGGUUAUUAAAGUUGUUGCUGAUGGGUUUUUCUUCACACCGAAUGCUUACUACCGUAGCUCUUGGGGCAUCAUUGAUGGCAUCGUGCUAAUCACUUUGUUAAUUAAUGUUGGUACAUUACUUGCUCAUGACGGUGCUGUGUCCAGAGCCAUCGGUGCCUUCAAAGCACUGCGUGCUCUCCGUCUGCUCAAUAUCAGCGACAGCGCCAGAGAUACGUUCCACUCACUUCUCAUUGUGGGCGUCUGGAAAAUUCUCAGUGCUGCAUUUGUGUCUCUGUCGUUGUUGAUUCCCUUUGCCAUUUAUGGCUUGAACCUCUUCAAUGGCCAAAUGGUGUCCUGCAACGAUGGUGACGAUUCCAUUGUCCUCUUGUCAGACUGUUUUGGCGAGUUCAACCACACACCUUUCAAUGAUGACUGGGCAAUGCUUGCUCCUCGUGUUCCAUCAAACAGCUACUUCAGUUUCGAUGAUUUCGCAUCUUCUCUCUUCGUUCUUUUUCAAAUUGUCAGUCAAGAGGGCUGGACAGACGUUUCAUUCGCAUCACAAGCAGUAACCGGCCGUGGCUUUCAGCCCCAGGAGCUUAAUCGACAAGGGAACGCCAUGUUUUUCGUCGUUUUCAACCUUCUUGCCACCGUUUUCGUUCUCACGUUGUUCAUCUCUGUCUUCAUGCGCAACUAUACUGAGCAGACUGGCGUUGCUUUCUUAACUGCAGAGCAACGUUCAUGGCUCGAGUUACGAAAGUUGUUGAGACAAAUUUCGCCGUCUAAAAGUUCUUAUGAUGAGUCGGAGAAGACGUGGAAAAAGUGGUGUCACAAGCGUGCUAUAGAAAAGAGAGGGAAGUGGUACACAGCCGUCACAUAUGUUUUGGUCUGUCACCUUUUACUACUCCUCCUAGAAUAUCACGGCGAACCACGUUGGUGGACUGACGCUAGAGACGGAUUGUUCUUGGCAUUUACACUUGUCUAUAUGGCAAAUAUUGCCAUCCGCAUUAUCGGCCUCGGCUGGGCUCGAUUCCGCCGGAGUUCAUGGGACUUGUAUUCGCUUGUAGUGGUUACUGGCGCAUUCGUCUCCACGUCAGUGCUCAUCAUUAGCAGAAGUAGCGACACGUACGUGCAGCUUCACAAGUUCUUCCUUGUCGCCAUCCUUUUACUUCUCAUCCCUCGAAACGAUGCAUUGGACCAACUAUUCAAAACAGCCGCAGCUAGUCUGACCACCAUCGGCAACUUGCUGGCAACAUGGCUCGUGUUCUUCCUGGUAUUUGCGAUAGCUCUUACGCAAGCAUUCAGUUUGACUCGAUUCGGCGAAAACGAAGAGAGUAACAUCAACUUCCGAAGCGUACCCAAUGCUCUUAUUCUUAUCUUCCGGAUGAGUUUUGGAGAAGGCUGGAAUCAAGUCAUGGAAGAUUAUGCCAAUAUCGAACCGCCACUCUGCGUAGAUAACCCCGAAUUCUUCGACAGCGACUGCGGCAGCAAACCCUGGGCUCGAUUUUUGUUCGUAGCAUGGAACAUUCUAAGCAUGUACAUCUUCGUUAAUCUUUUUGUCUCUCUCAUCUAUGAGAGUUUCAGUUAUGUCUACCAGAGAUCAAGUGGUCUCGCUGCAGUUGACCGCGUUGAAAUCCGGCGUUUCAAAGAGGCAUGGCGAAGCGUCGAUCCGGCCGGAACGGGGUUCAUUAGCAAAGAAGCAUUUCCUCGGCUUCUAGGAGAGCUUUCAGGUGUUUUUGAGAUGCGAAUCUACGAUGCCGAUGAUUCUGUCAGACAGAUAUUAGAGGAUGUCCGUAACGAUAUCGCAGCUUCUGGAGCUCGUCACAUGUCCAUUGCCUCGGCAAGCAACUACACUGCGGGAAUCGACAUUCAGCGGCUUAACAGACGGUUGGCACAAAUCGAUGUUGAUAAAGUCCGCGAACGGCGUCGGCGGUUCAAUAUUUUCUUCGAGGAAGUCAUGGUCUCUGCCGACCCGGACAAGGGCAUCUCCUUCACUUCCGUACUUAUGAUUUUGGCACAUUACAACAUUAUCAAUGACAGCAAGAGCUUGAAGCUUGAAGAGUUUCUGCGGCGACGAGCCCGACUGCAAAGAGUGGAGGAAGAAGUGCGCCGAAGGAUUGUCUUGGGUUUCUUUGACACUCUGUAUUGGACACGCAAGUUCAAGAAGCAUAUUGACUUAAGAAAGUCAGCGAGGAUGACUGCCGUUCCUCAGCUUGAUAUUCCUCACAUUAUGGUUGAUGAUGAUGAGCUUCGUCUCAAAUCCUCGCCAGUGGCCGGAACUGGCCAAACAAGGUCCGCACUGUUGACUGUGGACGAUGCCAAAUCUUCACAUAAGAGUUGGUCGGGAGGGCCGGCUCCUACAGAUCUGCCACCUGACGAUCCAGACUACCAACACCCGUUGAGUUUCCCAAGGUCCGGGCCUUCGACACCAGGACAUCAUUCGACUCACUCAGCUUUCAGUUUCGAGCUACAGGAAGGCGGCCACUCAUCAGCCCAGAGCAGCCGGCGUGGAAGCGCGGUCAGCCCGGUGCAAAGCCCCGUCAGCCCAGCACAAGUAAGCAAUAUGUUAGAUGACUCAAUCUGGCUAGAGAGUAUCCGGCGGAGUGCAACAGUACGAAAAUCGGUCCGUAAAUCUGAUUGGAACCGGUAG